AUGCUGUGCAAUACUAAACAACAUUAUCGAUCAAUUCCGCAACUUUUUUAUCAGUCUCGACGUUCAUAUACACAAACUCGUCAAUUAAAAGAUUUGCAACAGAUUUAUGAAUUACUCAAAGAAGAAUCUUUAUCCUCCACAUCAACUUUCUCAGAAAAGAUGGAUCCAAAUGGAAUAUUUGCUAACAAUGAACUAAAUUUACAGAAAAUACAAGUUUACGGAUUCGAUUUUGAUUACACACUAGCUAGAUAUAAGUCGACAUUGCAUUCAUUGAUUUACGAUCGUACAAAAGCAUAUCUUGUAAAAAACCUACGGUAUCCUGAUCAAAUAAUGGAUUUCUGCUUCCGUCCUGGAAUGGGAGCUCGUGGUCUUCAUCUAGAUAUCAAACGUGGAUGGUUGAUGAAAGUUGACAGCUAUCAUAACAUUCAAUUAGGCACUGUUUACCAUGGUAUGCGACAGGUAUCAGAGGAAGAAGUUAUUGCAGCACAUCGUGGGACAAAAUUGUCUGUCGACGAAGUUGGAUAUCUGGGGAUGACAUCAAACAUGUUUCAAUACGUUGAUAUUUUCACAAUACCUGAAAUAACUAUUUUGAGAGACGUUAUACAGUAUUUCGUUGACAAUAGUAUUCCGUUCGCUGCUGAAUAUGUACAUUACGAUGUUCGAGAAGCUGUUGGCGCUUUUCAUAAAAGUGGUCUUAUGCACCAAAUAGCGGGACAAGAUGUAGGAAAUUAUUUUGAGGAAAAUGUUCGUCUAAAGCCGUUUUUGCAACGACUUCGAGAUGCAAAUAAACAAUUAUUUUUAAUAACUAACAGUGCGUUUUGGUACGUUAAUCGUGGCAUGAGUUAUCUGCUUGGAGACAAAUGGCAAGACUUUUUCGAUAUUGUUAUAUGUCAAGCUCGAAAACCGUCAUUUUUCGGCGCACAAAAAAGACCUUUUAGGGAGAUUAAUAUCAAUAAUAAUUCAAAAUCAUGGGACCGAGAAAAACAAGUUGCUACCACUGACGUACCAAAGGGCAAUCUUACAACUCUUGUUGAUAUGACACAUUGGCAAGGCAAUGACGUUCUCUAUAUUGGUGAUCACAUCUAUGGUGACUUAGCAGAUUUAUUUCUCACACAUGGUUGGCGAACCGGUGCUAUUUUAGAAGAAGUGGAAGAUGAGAUCAACGUGAUUAAUUCCGAAGCAUUUCAAAAGACUAUUCGAUGGUUGAAUGUUCUCCAAUGGCUUAUCGAUCAAUUGCAAAUAGAAAAACUAUUCCUCAAACUUUCAUAUGCGUUAAUGAAAAAUUGGGUAGCAGAGCGAGAAGAAGAAAGAACUAAAUCUCGUGACUACUUCAAUCCGUAUUUUGGUUCUGUAUUCCGUACUUACACUGUACCAACAUAUUUUCAUCGACGUCUCGCUCGUUUUGCUGACAUUUACACGUCCAAUGUUUGUAAUUUUAUUAACUAUCCACUUGAUUAUAUCUUCUUUCCGCGUCGUAUGGCACUCGCCCACGAAAAUGUCUUACCAACUCCAGAUAUUGAUUUACUAUUAAUGAAAACAGCUCAAGAAGCAAUGCGUUUCGAAACGAAGAGCUAA